UGAUUCUAGAGAGAAUGAACUGCUGGAUAUUCCUGAGUGAGGAGUGAGGUUCUCUCUCCAUCUGUCUAAAUCAGUGACCAGGAGUUAAACUCUGGGGUGUGCACACCACGAUGGAUAACAAGGAUUUAGAAGCCGAAAUCCACCCCUUGAAGAAUGAAGACAGAAAAUCCCAGGAAAAUCUGGGAAACCAAUCAAAAAAUGAAGAUAACUUAAAAAGCAUGCCUCCGCAGUCCCGGCUCUCCCGAUGCCGAACAGUGGCAUUUUUCCUCUCAUUGUUUAUCUGCCUUUUCGUGGUGUUUGUCGUCUCGUUCAUCAUCCCGUGUCCGGACCGGCCUGUGUCACAGGGAAUGUGGAGGGUCGACUACAACGCAGCAGUCACCUACGAUUUUCUGGCUAUGGAAGACGUAAACAGGGAUAGGAUCCAAGAUAUUCUCUUCCUCUAUAAAGAUACCAACAGCAGCAACACUUUCAACCGGUCCUGUGCUGACGAAGGCUUCUCCUCUCCCUGCGCCUUUGUGGCUGCUGUGUCGGGUGCCAAUGGCAGCAUGCUCUGGGAGAGGCCAGUGGCCCAAGACGUGGCCCUUGUGGAGUGUGCUGUGCCCCAGCUGAGGGACAGUGAAGCGUCUUCUGCCUGUGUCCUCGUGGGUAGUCCCAGUCCCUUCCUUGCCGUGGAUGUGUUCACAGGGGAAACCCUGUGGAGCCGUCCCAGCAGCUUCGGUAGGAAUGCUUCCAUCCUGAGCCCUUUACUCCAGGUUCCUGAUAUUGACGGUGACGGGGCUCCCGACCUGCUGAUUCUCACCCAGGAGGAGAAGGAGGUUAACGGUCACAUCUACUCAGGCAGCACUGGGCACCAGAUUGGCCACAGAGGCAGCCUCGGUGUGGCUGGAGAGAGCGGCUCCCUCCUCCACGUCACCAGGACAGGCGCCCACUACGUCCUCUUCCCGUGUGAAGGUUCACUCUGUGGCUGCUCUGUGGAGGGUCUCUAUGAGAAGGUAACCGGGAGAGACGGCCCAUUUAAGAAAGACCCCCACUGGGAGAACAUGCUCAACGCCACCACCCACAGGAUGCACUUGCACAGCUCUGGAGUGGUCCGCUACCUGAUGAGCGUCCCGGGGAAAGCUGGCAAGGACGUGCUUCUGGUGAGCUCAGAGGCCUGCGAGCUGCUGGACGGGCAGGAGCUGGUACCCAGGUGGACCUUCCACGCCUCCCAGGUCCUCAGAAAACCCAUCCUUGGUCACUACAGACCAGAUGCCCUGGCCGUGGUCAUUGAAAACGGAACCGGCAUUGACAGACAGAUCCUGCUCCUGGACCUCAGCUCCGGAGCCAUGUUGUGGACCCACACCCUCCCGAGCCUCCCUGGUGGCCCGCCAUCCUCCAGCCUGCCGACUGCAGACCACCGCUCAGCCUUCUUCUUCUGGGGCCUCCACGAGAUGGUCAGCACCAACGAGAUGGAGACUGGAGCCGCCCAGCACAGCCUGUACAUGUUCCACCCCACCCUGCCCAGAGUCCUGCUGGAGCUAGCCAAUGUCUCUGCCAAUGUCAUUGCCUUUAAUGUGGUCUUGUUUGAGCCAAGCCGCCACGCUGCCUACGUCCUCCUGACAGGCCCAGUGAGCUCGGACGUGCCCGGCCUGGUCUCUGUGACCAAGCACAAGGUGCAGGACCUUGUCCCAGGCAGCAGGGUGGUCCGCCUGGGGGAGGGCAGGUCAGACAGCGACCAGGCCAUCAGGGACCGGUUCACGCAGCUGCGGUAUCGGAGUGAGGCGUAGACGCAUGUGGGCCGGAGCGUGUGGGGGAGACUGCAGCUGCUGGAAUUAAACGUCCCAGGUCUCCACACCGACUCUCCACUCCUGACCCUGGAGAUGGUCUCCCACAGGGACCUGUGGCCUUACCGGUCCUCGCCCAGUCAUAGCCAGGGACAAGCUGGGUGAGGGGACCUCCCAGGCCUCUCUCCUGCCUGGCACACUGUGUCCUCACUGAGUCCUCACACUGGGUCUCCCUGGGUGCCUCGGGCAGAGCUCAGCCCUGCAGAGCCCCCUACCCCCAACCCACCAGGAGGCCGUUGCCAUGGGGACAGCCCAGGUGCCCCCAGACAGGCUCCUCCCACCCCACCCUGCAGGCGUCCCUUCCCCUCUUCCUGUUUGGUUCUUUCCUUCUCUGCACUGUCCCCCAGCAGUCCUGGAACUCAGAGGGUGGUGGGCCCUGGGGGGGCUUAGGGCAGCAGCUGGGACCUGAGGCAACGCCAGUCUCCAGCCCUGCUGAGAGCCAGGAAGGGAAGGAAGCCUUCGGGGUGGUGGGUGUGACCCGGCCUGUGAGGAGCUGGGCUCUGUGACAGGGGCUCCCUCAACAGGAUGCUGGGGGGGUUAGUGGCUGCUGAUGGGUGCCCUGAGAGGGACUGCACCUGUGUGCUGGCUGCUUGUGCUGCUGAGUGUCCCAAGGGCUGCCGUGGAAUGCAUGUUUCAGUCAGUCUGUGCCCUCAGUACACACUGGAGCUGCUCUUCCUUCCGGAGGUCCCUGUACCCUGGGCAUGGAGCGUUCCCCACUCCUGUGCUCAGACGUCCCCCACCCCUGUGCUCAGACGACCCCUCCAGCCGGGGUCACCUGACAAAGGACUCACCUCUGUGCCUUGUUGCUCCUGAGGUCCAAGGGCAGCUGCCGUGCUGUGUGCGGCUCAUCCCUGCCCAGACAGCGGAGCCCACGCCAAAGCAGCCUGACAACCCCAGUCACCGCGGAAAAAUCAGAAUAAAUGUUUUUGCA